CCAGGUUACAUCCAAACCCUCUAUUUCUCUCUCUUCCUUUCUCCUGAUCGAGUUGUUUCACAAUGAGUUUUCGGCCUUGGUUGAUCCUCCUCCUGCUGGCCACGGCCACCACCAUGUCCAUGUCCAUGUCCAUGUCCGAGUCAUCGUUUAGGUUCAAUGACGCCAACUUUGACCUGGAAACACUCAAUUCUCUGGGUGUUAAGGCCUGUAUUAAUGGUCGAGUAGGUGAUUGUAUCGACAAAGCUGAAGAGCUGUUGAUGGAUUCAGAGAGUAGCCGAAGACUCCUUGCAGGAGGCCCAGGUUACAUUAGCUAUGAUGCCCUUAAGGCCAACAAUGUUCCGUGCGACAAACGUGGGCCGUCUUACUAUAACUGCAACCAGCAAGGACCUGUUAAUCCUUACAAUCGAGGUUGCAGUGUCAUUUCAAAGUGUGCUAGGUACACCAAUUAAUGAUCUUUUUUAAUUUUUUAUGUAUCAUGAUCAAACAAGUUCAAAGAAGAGAGAGAAAAAAAAAAAAUAAAAAAAAAUGCCGUGUCUACGUAUAUAUGGAUGAAUGCAGACCUUUGGGUGCUGAUCAUGGUUGCCACUUGUUCAUCCUCUUGAUCCUCAUAUAAAUAUGGUAUAACCAUAAUAUAUAUAUAUAUCUGGUAUUUAUUUUGAGGUUGUGUGUCCGUUGGGGAUAUAAUAAAAGUAUAGUUAUUAUGAGUCUUAUAUUAGGGUUUUCAUUUUUUCCGCAAUUUUGUCUUGUGUUUUCAGCUUUGUCUGUCAUAGUAGAAUGUUGCAGAUAUUGUUUUGCUAUUGUAUUAAUAUAUGUCCACUCCUUGUUGGGUUCUUAUUCCUUCUC